AUGGCCGACGCCGCCUUCAAGGACGUCCCAGAGCUCUUCGAGAAUGAGCUCGGCGAGGUCCUUAUGGCGCGUACAGAAACGCUAGCUACCUUUCGUGAACUAGGUCCUCCAGAUUUAUGUCACGUCGUCAAAUCUACGGGAAGAAGUGGGCAGAAAGAUCUCGGUUCAUACCAUUACGUCUCUGGCGUCGACGCUUCCUCGUCUGCUUCUCUUGCGGCGUAUAUUAACUCGUUGACAUACUCGAUUGACGAUAACUCGACCUGGUUCUCGAAGAGUACAGCUUGGAAGGUUAGGAGUGGGUGCUACUGCUGCUUCAAUGCUUUCUCGCGUGUGGACGUCCGUGUGGAUGUCAAGAUCCCAGGAGGAGUGCUGGCAUACGUGAUAGACCUGCGUGGAGAAAGACACGACACGACUCCUGAGAUAUGGCAAGAGACCUAUCUCUCCGCCCUACUUCGUGCAAUUCUCUAUGGAGAUGAUCCGACGUUCUGGUUAGAAGCAUAUCGGCGACUAGACCCUCUCACAACACGAGAAGGAGAAAUUCGGUUCUUAGAGGCUGCUGAAGCUUUGUUUGCUCAAGGUUGGCAAGUUGGAUCGGAUCCUGAGAUCCAGGUUGCCAGUGUCGUUUCGAAUCACUUAACAGCAGGCAUCAUGAAGUAUUUCGGGGACAGCUUCCGACUUCAGCAGGCCGCGAACUUGUUCGAGAAAGUUUCUGUUCAUGAACCAGAGGUUUCGUCGCUACUAGCCAAGAGCUACAUCGGUAUGAAUGAGGAGGUGAAGGCAGUACAGAUCAUGGCAAACGCACUCCGUGACAACCCUCAGUCAUACACUCUUUUACAUGCUCAAUGUGACUUUCUACGAUCAAAGGGUAAAUACGACUGGGCGCUCAAGCUUGCCAGGCAGGCAGUGAAUUGCGCACCAAGCGAGUUUGUAACUUGGGAGAAACUCACCAUGAUCUAUACAGAGCUUGGGCAGUAUGAUUCAGCAUUACUAACAUUGAACUCAUGUCCAAUGUUCACCUACAAUGGGCGAGAUGCUCAUCGAAACAUCACUCCGGCGCGGAUAAACCUGCCCUAUAAGCCUGCAAUCGCUGACAUCCUGCCCGAGCGACACAAGACGGAAGAUGACGAGGCAGAUACUGCCUUGCAACGACUUCCUGCGCCGGGGUUGAAGGGUACAUGGGCACGUGCCUAUGCAUUGUUAACGAAGCUCGUAUCGAAGAUCGGAUGGGACGAGUUGUUGAAGACGCGCAGUGCCGUGUUCGUGAUGGAGGAAGAGUAUCGAAUGCAGAAGGCGCAGUCGGAUAUGAGGGUUGUGACGAAGGAGGAAACUGGGAAGGAGACAGUUAUACAUGAGGACGGGACGGUUGCUCCUUCGUCUUCUAAGCUCGGAGCAGACGACGAUGCGUCGACUCGCGGAGUUGUAUCACCGGCCUCUGAGGACGAUGAAGAAGGGAAUGAUGAGGCGAGUGUGGAUGGAGAUGCGCCAGCCACGACGGAGGGACAGGCGAAAUCGGACUUGAACGUGGGCGAAAUUCCAAUGAUCAAGAUCUCGACAGAGUCGGACCGUGAGCGUGAGCACGAGUCAAUGCGAGAAAUGAAUGGUGCGGAGAAGAAGGAACAGAGUAAUGGCCAAGCUGGCCAUGCAGCAGGGUCGAGUGUUGAACGACCGGUACAAGCUGCAAGCGGCGAAAACAACGACGCCGACGGCGAUGUUGCUUCAAGUAUGACGGCUGUUAGCGGCUCUGGGAGUAUGCAAGAUGGCUUCUCCUUCAGCAACAAACGACUCUGCGAACGUUGGUUAGACAACCUCUUCAUGGUGCUUUACGAAGACCUCCGGAUCUGGACUAUCUUCCGUGCUGAGGUUGCGCAUUUCAAAACGCAGCAUGUUGCAUAUCGAAAGACCGGAUUGGAAUGGGAGAUUCUGGGCGAGCUUGGAUCAAGGCUGCAUCAUCGUGAAGAGGCGAAAGAGUGUUUCCAGAGAUGUUUGGAAAGCAAUCGGUACUCUGUGAAGCCAUGGUUGAGGCUAAUGGAGAUGUAUGCGGAGGAAGGAGAUUUGACAAGGACGUUGCAGACGGCGAUUCGAGUCGCUGCGUACGCACAUAACGAAUAUGCAGAGUCUUCGUAUCCGACGACGAUCGCCCAUCAAUUGUUCAAACUCGGACGAAUCCACGGACACGGGAAGAUCUCGUAUACGUUGCUGAGCAUGGGCUUGCCCGAUCCGAUUAUGAAGGUGAUGGAGGGUUAUCUAAACUACGGACAGGUCUUCCAGGUCGAAGGGUAUGAUUUCUAAUUUACAUACCAAAAAGUCCUCUGAGAGGGCAUGUUUCGUGAUUGAGCGGUGUUGUUUCGUUCGUAUGUGCCAGUUCUGCUACUAGCUAGUGUUAGUUAUUUGCGUAUACCUUUUUAUCAUUGCAGUCGCGACUAUUUUCCUCUUGAUUCAUACGGUAAUUAUUAUUUUCGAAAUAGACUUGAUAA